AUGGAAGAUCAAGAUGUGAAUGACUUGGAGCGCGGACCUCAGGCUGGCCCUGAUCAUCCCCCGGAGAACGUGGCAUCAUGCGCCGGGCAACUUAAUACGCCAGAUAUACCCACUCUUGUGACUGCCCCGGCUGGUCGUUACAUGAUCCAUGGCUACUGCGUUUCCGCUAGCUGGAUCUUUAUGUACGCCUAUCAUCAUCAACUCCUAAAACUCGGUAAACGUCCCAAUGACGUGAAAGCCCAGAGAGAUGUUAGCAGGACGACCAACCGGUACGAUGUUAGGACCAUCAUUGUACCGAAGAAAUGUAUAUACAAGAUCCUUCACGAGGAUACAAAUGAUACUUUGAGGUCGAUGGAUAUUGAGGGCAGAAAUGGGUUUGAGCCUUGCUCAGUGAUUGGUUGCCGUUCGAACGAGGAUGCAGCUGCGCUCGCUACCGCCUUUGACCCUGAACGGAUCCAUUUGGUCUAUAUCUUCGACGCCACAAUGGUAUAUCACUGUGACGGAAAGAAAGCACCCUAA